CAUCCAGUCAUACCUUUCCAAUGCUGUACUUGUGAGUUUGAAUAUUAGAACUCAAGUUUAAGCCUUAUUAUUUGCCUUUCUUGCAUUUUCUUUUGUUCAACAGACCAGUAUAAACAAAGGAAUAAACAUUUUUUUAAAGUCCCUGAUCUCAAAGAGUUUAGUAUAAUGAAGGGGACAACAUGCAGACAACUCUGGACAAAUAAGCUAUAUUUAGAAUGAAGUGGAAAUAAUCAACAGCAAGAAUGUACUGAGAUAAAAGGGGACUGUGAGGAACUUUCUGUAGAAGGUGAGAAGGCUUUAGCUAUAACUUGAAAGAAGCCAAGCAAGCUGAUCUAGGCAAUUCAUAAGUACCCUUCUAGUUCUAAAUAUAUGAUAAAAUAAUCUGAUGAUGCUAUUUGCAGUCUUUACUUUUAAACACAUAGAUUUAAAUAUGACUCUCAAACACUGUUUUUUAAUUUAUAAAGUGUUAUGAUCAGUCCUUUCUUUUUCAAAAUUCACUUAUAAUCAUCAUAUUCCCUCUUUUAAAAGCUGGCAUUCAGAUCUUUCACAAAGAUAAUAAUCUGGUCUCUUCAUAGUUAUUUUCUUCUUUUGCUUUUCUAUUAUGAUUAAACUUCCCACUACUCUGCCUUCUCAUAUACUAAUUAAUACUCUUUUUAAAAAAUUCUUUCAUUGUGAACUAGCUCAUAUUUGCAUAUGUUUAUGAGGCUGUGUGUUUUCUUUGGGGUUGGUCAGAGUACUGGUUUAAUAUCUCCCUUUAUGGAAUUCAAUGUCUACUGUCCAUUUUUCUGUGUCUUAUUUAAUUUUGUUGCUGAUGUUACUAUUUAUUCUGUUUCAGGUUACUUUUCUUCUGAUUUUUUUUACUUUUCUUAUUUUACUCUUUCUUUUCACUACAUUGAAGGUCCUCUAUUUUAUUAUUAUAUUUCCCUUUUCUUCUGAAGAUUUGUGACUUUUGAUUCUUUUUAGUUUUCUGAUUGUUUUUGAGGAAAAUGUUGAGGGGUAAAACUACUCCCUUUCAACUUCUUGUUCUACCAUGUAUCCUUUUUCUAUUUGUGAUGACAUCCUCACACUUGAACAAUUUCUAACUAAAUAAGUUUUUUCCUAAGAGGACAGAGUACAUUGUUUCUACAAGCUUAUAUUCCAACAUUAAUUUAUAUGUAUAGAAAGAAUUCAGUUCUCCCUGAUUUGAAUGGGAUGUAAGUGAAUGUCUUUUGUGAUUACACAAGGCAAAACUUUAGGGAUUGUACAUGGAUCAUUAUUAUGUUCUAGUGUGUUUAUUCAAUACAGCCCAAAGGAAUUGACUUUACAUGUUCUUCCGCACAUAGGAAAAUGAAAAGAGAGGACUUUUGUUUAUAUAAAAACUAACACAUAUUUAUGGAAUUCAAAAACUUAAUGCAUUUAUGGAGUACUUGUUAUGUUGACUACUGUUGGAUCCUCAGGUGAAUUAGUGUGGUUUAAUGGAUAGAAUAUUGUGCUUGGAUUCAGAAAACAGCUCCUUUACUUACUAAUUCUGUGACCUUGAGGAAGUCACUUCCUCAAGGUCACAGAAUUAGUCCUACCUCAAAAAGUUGCUAUGGGGAAUCUUCAUAAUGUGGGGAAAGAAUGCUUUCCACUAUAGUAGAUCUAAUGGAUCUGCCUUUAACUAGUUGUGCCACUUUAACCAAGUCAGGUUCCUUCUCAAAGACUCAGACUUCCCAUCUGUAAAAUGUAGACUUUGAUAUAGAUAAUCUCUGAGAUGCUUUCUAAUUCUAGCAUUCUGUGAACUCUGGGGAAUCAAGUGAGAUAGAAUAUGUGAAAAUGCUUUAAACUAGAAGGCAACAUUAUGACACAGUGGAUAGAGUGCUAGACUUGGAAUCUGGAAUCUGUUUUAAAUCUUGACUCUGACACUUACUAUCUUGUGUGAUAUUGGACAAAUCACUUAACCCCUUUAAACUUCAGUUUCUUUACUGGUAUAAAGCAGAGAGAACAAUGGAUUAGAAGGGACUCUCAGAUCCCUUCUAGUUCUAAAUCUAUGAUCAUAUAGGAAUAUACAUAUAUAAAUUAUAAUCAUUAAGUGAAAAGUUUUAUACUGAAUUAAGAAAUAAAUAUGAUUCCUGAUUUUGAACUUAUUUUUAAACCUUUACUUCCUGCUUAAAAUCAAUAUAUGUUUCAGUUCCAACACAGAAGCACAAUAAGGGCUAGGCGAGUCGAUUGAGUUAAGUAACUUGCCCAGAGUCACCCAACUAGAAAGUGUUUGAGGCCAAAUUUGAACGCAGGUCCUCCUAACUCUAGGCCCAACUUUCUAUCUACUGAGCCACCUAGCUGCCCAAAGCUUAAAAUUUUGGUAAAAGGUAUUCAAUAUACUAUGUUGAAGGUGAAAAUUACCAUUAAAAGGUUACAAACUCAAGGCUAUGGGAUAUUAGGAAUGGUUUCAAGAAGGAAACAUCUUAACUGAACUGAAAACUGGGUAGGUUGUCAUAAGGAAGAAACCUAGAAGAUAUUUUAGAAGAAAUAGUAUGAAAAGGGUUGGAGAAGUAUUGGAUUGUGAGGUGGAGAGAGCAAGUACAUAUUCUAAGUGAACUAUAAGGUUCAUGUUUGGGAGUAAUGAGGACUAAAGCUAAUUCAGGAAAUUAGGGCCAGAUUGUAGCAGAUUUCAUGUUUGUACUUUAUUCCAUAGACAGUAAGGAACGAUUGAAUGGAUUUAAGCUGGGCACUAAUAUGAUGAGAACUGGACUUAAAGUUGGUCAUUCUGUGAAAACCAACUGGUAUAAAUUAGUGAGAGAAAGGACUAAAACUAAACAAGUUACAAGAAAUUUUCAGGGAGCCAAGUAAAAAUUUUAUAUUAUUUAAUUUAGUUCAGGGAAAAGAUAUAGAUAGAUGGUCCUCUACUCUUUUGAUUUAAACACCACUAACUUGGUUGAAAAGCAAUUGUCCUUGGUGAAGUUCUCUCCAUAAGGGUGCCACAGGGCAAACAUUUCCUUUUGACAUAAUUAUCUUCCCUUUGGUUAUGAAGAGGACCCCUCUAAGUAACAGAGUCAGCCUAAUGGAAAAGCUUUUCCCACAAGGUAGACACAAGAGAGACUUUCCCCUUAGAAAUGAUUAUAGUAAUUCCCUUUCAUUUUGGGAAGCAACUUCAAAUGGAGAGCAAGCUUGGGGAACUUCUGAUCAGAAGCCAGUGGGGUUCUUGACCUAGUUGGUAUGUGGCUACUCUGGGAUUACACUCAGUUAGGGACAUUGUCAACAUUAACUAUCAUAUUAAAAUGUAUUAAACAGCCUAAAAAAACCUGUCCAAGACACUGAGAGAGAUAAAGGAAACUAAGGAGAAAUAGUACUUGGUUUUGAGGAGUGCCCCAGGCCAAUGUGAAGAUAGGACACAUGACUAAGAAAUGAGAGUUCAGGGUAGAUGAUCCAGACAUCCAGAGCUCUAAACAUCAGAGCUGGGGUUAAAGAGGUUUGGAUGGAAACAAAUUUGGGUUUUCACUCAGAAAAUGUUUCUCAAACUAGCAGAGACCAAAGGAAAAGGAUGGAUGAAUGAGAUGAGACUAAAAAUAAAUGAGAAAAUUGUCCCAGCUGGUUGUUGAUGGGGUGAAGGGAGGGGAGAGUACUCAGAGGCUCAGAGAUGGGAAGAAUAACUAGAUCUCAUUCUUUUUCCCUCUUGGAAAAUGCCAAAGGUCCUUUUUUUUAAAUUCUUCCAUCUCAAGUUCCUUGGUGCUAGAGAUAGACCAGGUGAUAAGAAAGAAGGGGAAGAGCAGAGAGGAAAAUAGUAUUGAGCAAAGAUUCUUCGAGCUAAAGCUGGAGGACAUGAGAUUAAGACCAGGCUUGCUUAAUCAUUAUAUUUAUGACCUUGUCAUUUAACCUCUUAGUUUCUUUAUUUGUAAAAUGGAGGAUAAUAAUACCUAUACUACCUAAACCCCAAAAUUUUGGUGAUCAAAGUAUAUUUUAAACCAAAAGUAUUAUAUAAAUGUUAAAUAAUUAUGAUUUCAAUUAUAUUCCAUGAUAUUCCUGAAAUAAAUACUUGAGGUCCAAAAGAAGAGAUGGUUUCUGAUAUCAAUCAAUUCACAAGCCAUUACUAUGUGCCAAGCAUCUCUAUCAUGUAUUUGAAGUCAAUUCACUGGAGGUAUCUUUCAGCCCAGGGGAGUGAUGAAAGAUCAGGCUUCCCAAUUCAACUUGAAUGAUUGCUAGGAAGAAAAAUAAGAGUAAAUAUGCAAUAAUAGCACAUUUGAAAUGAGCAACAGCUCCCGCUUUCAAUACUCUGCCUCCAUAAGUGUCUAUUUCUCCUUUUUCUACUUUUACAGAUGACUCAAGGGCCAGAGAUAGUAAAUCAGACAGCUGUGACUGAAUUCUUCUUCUCUGAAUUCCCUAAUUUGGAGGAAGGAGGUCUCCUCUUCUUUAUUCCUCUACUCCUCAUUUAUGUAUUCAUUAUUACUGGAAACUUGGUAAUCUUUAUUGUCAUCCAGUUGGAUGUAGCACUUCAUACCCCUAUGUACUUUUUCAUUAGUGUCCUCUCCUUUCUGGAGAUCUGGUACACUACAACUACCAUCCCCAAGAUGCUUACCAAUCUGGUCAGUGUGCAGAAGACUAUCUCCAUUGCUGGAUGCCUGCUGCAAAUGUAUUUCUUUCACUCCCUUGGGAUCUCAGAAGGUUGCCUCUUGACUGCAAUGGCCAUAGACAGAUAUGUUGCCAUCUGCAAGCCCCUCCACUACCCAACUAUUGUGACACCCCAGCUGUGUUCCCAGCUCACUGCUGGCUCUUGCCUCUGUGGCUUCCUCCUUGUUCUCCCUGAGAUUGUAUGGAUUUCCACCCUGCCCUUCUGUGGCCCCAACCAGAUCCACCAGAUUUUUUGUGACUUUACCCCAGUGCUAAACUUGGCCUGUACAGACACCUCCCUCAUAGUCAUUGUAGAUGCCAUCCAUGCUGUAGAGAUCUUGGCCUCCUUCCUGGUCAUCGCCCUGUCCUAUAUCCGGAUCAUCUUAGUGAUCCUGAGAAUCCCUUCAGUAGAGGGGCGCCAUAAGGCUUUCUCAACCUGUGCUGCUCACAUUGCUGUCUUCCUGCUGUUCUUUGGCAGUGUAGCCCUCAUGUAUCUACGCUUCUCAGCUACUUAUUCCAUGUUCUGGGAUACAGCAAUUGCAAUCACCUUUGUGGUCCUUGCUCCCUUCCUUAAUCCCAUCAUCUAUAGUUUGAGGAACAAAGACAUGAAGGAGGCCAUCAAGAGGUUUCUCUGUCCUCAGAAGUGGGAUAACAGGGCUGAAGGUUAAUUCUAAAUUAUGGGAGGUUUUAAAAAUAAUUGUCUUUCUAGGAGUGUGUAGUCUCAUCGUUUUUGCUUGGUGUUGCUCAUUAUUGUAUUGUAAUCUCUUAUUCUUGUUGGAAUUGAAAUUGAGCUAUGACCAAGUUAUGUCCAUUAAUUCUUCUGUAUUUCAUUGAUUACUCUCUGUCCUUGGUAAAAAGGAACAUAAACAAAGAACUGAAAGGGACUUCAGAAACCAUCUAAUCCAGUCCCUUCAUUUUUCAGAUAAAGAAAUGGGGCUAGUAAGAGGUUGUCAUUUACCUAAGAUCAUACAAAUAAGUGAGUAUCAAAAAUAAAACAUGGCCAAAAAAUGAUAAAUAUUCAAGGAACAGUGGAGAAAUAGGCACAUUGAUACAAGAUUCUGAGAGGAUGGAAAGCAAUUUGCAAUUAUAUACUAAAAGUUACUGUAUUCCCUUUGACCAAGAUGUGCUCAAUAAAGAGCUGUAAUCUCUAAAAGAGCUACGCCAAUAUAAUGAAUCUCUCAUAUUAGAACAAGGCCUAUUAAUAAGCCAAGAUGAAAGGGGGAAAAAUUCCUACAUGUACAACAAUAUUUAGACCAAAUAUCUUUGUAGUGGCAAAACAUUUAGAAACUAAGAGGAUGCCUAACAACUGAGAAAUGGAUGAAUAAGAUGUGGUGAAUGUGAUGGAAUACUAUUGUACUAUAAGAAAUGAGGAAAUAGAGGACUUAAAAAAGAUAUGAAAGGACUUAAAUAAACCAAUCAAAGUGAAGUGAGAGAACAAUUUAAACUAGAACAAUUUUUAAGACUUUUAUAAACUAAAGAAGAACAAAAUGAGCAGGACCAGGAGAACAAUUUAUACAAUAACAAUGCCAUAAAACAACAACAUUGAAAGCUUCAAGAAUCAGUACAAUGAACCUUCUCAAAUCCAGGAAACCUGUGAUGAAAUAUACUGUCCACUUCAAAGAGUUGAUGGAUUUAGGGUACAAAAAGAGGCAUUUGUGUGUGUGUGUGUGUGUGUGUGUGUGUGUAUUGUGUAAAUUUUUCUUGCUCGAUUAUGUAUAUCUGCUUCAAGACAUAUAUCUUUUUACCCCAGAAGGAUAGGUGUGGAAAGCAGAGGAAAAUAGAUUUGGUUGUUGUUGUUUUAAUAGAGAGAAUGAGACAGAUACAGGUGUGAAAUGUUGCAUGCACUGGCAAAUGAAGUUAUUGUAGUUUAAAUUUACUUAAUUGCUUUUCUUUGUCACAAGAGACCUUUCAUGAAGUGAAUCUACAAAUGUUUGUAAUGAAAAAACACAAGAUAUUAAUAAAGCUGAAAAAGAAAAAAACACAUAUAGCCCCGAUAAGUAGCACAGAUCAAAUUUGAACCCAAGUCCUCUGACUUCAAAUCCUUUUCUCUUUCCACUGUUGCUUAUGCCUACUCUGUCCAUGCUUUGUCAUUCCCAUUAACAGGACUAUUAUCUCUCUCCUCUAUAGCCCCAUAGGUUGAAACCUGAACAGAGAUCCUGAUGGCAGGGGGAGACAGCUGUCAGUGAGUGCUGCCAAAGUUUUGAAGUCCUCUCCUUUAGGCAUAUUUGUCCCUGUUUCAUCCUUCUGGUUUCUAUGAAGAGAAAGCUGUCUUGAACUCUUGACUUUUCUGUCCCCACCACUUAAAUGCAUUUUGGAAUUCAUACUUCAGUAGGAUCACCUUUUUGAGAGCUAGAAAGGAUCUUGGAGAUUUUCUAGUCUAGCCAAUUUUUUCAAAUGAUUUCCUUGGCAUAUAUUCUGUCACUGGACCUUUACUCAAAGCUUUUCCAACUUGGUACAACAUAGCCUACCUUCUAAUGACAGAACCUUCGAGAACUCAAAAUCAGGAUGUAAAAGCACUGGUGUCAAGAGUUCUUUGUGCCUUUAUCUCUAUGUCUCCAUUUCUAUCUAUGUUUCCUAACUAUGUUCACACAAGGAGAAUGAAACUAAUGAGAACAAUAACCAUGUAUCUUCCUGUUUUCUUUCCAGCCUUUAGCUCAGGUUUCUUAUGGUAGACACAAUUCAUCCCAUCACUAGAAGUAUGAAAGCAGAGACUGAAUGAUCACUUCUUAGGAAUUCAUGCCUCAUAUUAGGGAUUAAACUAGAUAAGUUUUGAGAUCUUCCCAAACUCAUUGAUUCUAUAUCCUAUAGAUCUCUAGGAAUGUGAGUUUCCUCACUUUUAAUAAGUUCUGUCUCCCAAAGCCUACCUUUUAGACCCUCUGGAAUCUUCCGUUUUCAAAAAAACUGUACCUAAAGACGGUCAAUUAAUUUAUGCCCACUGAGGGAUAAUCACUGAAUUCACAAGUAGCUAAUGAUAAUAGUUGGCAUUUCUAAAGCACCUUAAGGUUUGAAAAGCACUUUUGUAAAAAUCUCAUUGGAUCCUUACUACAACCUUGUGAAGUAAGUACUAUUGUUAUGCCCGUUUCAUAUAUGAGGAAACCAAUACUGAGAGAGGUUAAGUGACUUACCUAGGGUCACAAAGCUAGUAAAGUAUAUGAUUUCCUGACUCCAAGUUCCAUACUAUCCAUUGUACAAUGAACUUCAUUUUUAAAGAUUCCAUUUCUAAAAAAUGAAAACAAUCCUGACCCUCACGGAACUUAAUUUCUCCUUGAGUAACUACUUAUUUUUAUAUUUUUCACUUUUUAUUCAUGCUGUGUAUAUUUUUAUAUUUUAAAUCUAUAUCUUCCAUUUUAGAAUCAGUACUUAAUAUUGGUUCCAAGGCAGAAAACUGAUAAGGGCUAGGCAAGGGGGGUUAGGUGACUAGCCCAGGAUCACAUAGCUAACAAGGAUCUGAGGUCAUAUUUGAACCCAAGACUUCCUAUCUAUAGUCCUGGCUCUCAGUCCUCUAAGCCAUCUAGCUACCCCUUACAUAUAUUUUUAUAUAGGUUAGUAGGCGAGCCAAUAGAGUUCUGGACAUGAAUUCAGGAAAACCUGUAGUUAGAUUCUGCCUCAGACAGUUGAGUGAUCUUGGUUUAACAGGGAUCUCUGUUUCACUUUCCUCAUUUGUAAUAUGAGGAUAAUAAUAAUGCCUACUUCACAGGGUUGUUAUUAAGAUCAAUAUUCAUAAAAUUCUUUGCAAACCUUGAAAAAUAAAAUAAAGAUUCCAUGUUUGCUGUUACUUGUUAGUUGUUAUGACUUGCUACUUGUUGGUCUGUUAUUACUGAAACAAUAAGUAGCCUCUGAUACUUUUUUUUUCUUCAUCAGUAGAAUGAGAAAUUAGUAAAUGGCUCAGAAUUACCCCCAACCCACAUAAUCUAAUCCUCAAUUCUACUUCAUCCUCUUUGUUCGGCCACCUUGGACUUCAUUUAAGGCAGGCAAAUCUGCUCACAUCCCCCCACCCCUUCUUCAUAAUACAAAUCUUUGUGUAUACUCUUUUUCUCCCCAGGUUGCCCUCUUUUCCUUUAAGCUUUUAUCCUUCUCUGUGUAUUCCUGCUCCAAAUUAUUCUUCUACAAAAAGCCUUCACAGUCUGGCUUCUUUUCUAUGCUCAGGUUCUCAUACCACGUUAUGAUGCUCUUCAUGGUUUUAGUUCUUUUUCUAUUUAUGCAUCCUCUAUUUCCUGGGAUGUGGAUGAGGGGAACAAAGUGGAAAAGUCUGUAUUUUUCCCAUCAUACUUGGGAUUCAAGAAGUUAUUCUAGACCUUUUUCUUAUAUUUUUCCCAGAUUUAUCAAUGGGUAACAUCCAUUUCUCUUCUUAAGAGGUGAUCUAAUUGAUUGGCUAACUGACACAGAGGCCAAACUAAGAUCUCUUGGACCAAAGAAAGAUAAUUUAUGAAGAAGAUGAUUAUCUUCAAAUAAAUACCUGUCUUGCCCCAGGCCCACAAAAGAGAUGAUGUUUAGAAAGAAAUCAAGAAAAUUCAUUUCUUUUCCUAAUAGUAUGUGAAGAUGGAAAGCAGCUCUAGAAACUAGAAUAAUUGAGAAUCAAAAUAGUAUUCCUUCCACAUGAAA